CAGAAGUUAGUAUGGAACUCGUUUUUGUGUUAGUAGAAUAACUUCACUCUCUCUUUCGACUCUCUCCUCAUCAAGUAUCUUUUCGCCGCGCGGUUGUCGUUUGCCAAAAAUAAACUUUUACUCCUCGUGUGUUUGCAGCAAUUGGAGUUGAAAUAUUUAUUUAGUUUUGGAUUUGCGCUUUCAAGUUGUUGAACUGUUUGCUAUUCGUCCGUUUUUAUUGAUAAUUGCAUAUUGGAUAUUUGAAAACUGUUUACUGUUGGAUACUUUUUAAAGAGACGUUAUGAUUCUUCAAAGCAGUUAUUCUUAAAGGAAAAUAUUGCACUUAUUUGAAUCCAUGAUGAUGAUCACGGCUGUUGAGCCAUCUUCGAACAAAACCCGGAUAUCAGAUUUACCAUCUUCUACACCACCGUUUUCAACCAGUAGCUCCAACGGCUCUAACAAUACCCAAACAGUUUAUUCUCCACUUAGUCCUUGUAGCAGCACCAACAGUAUGUCACCUAAUCCUUAUCCAACUUCCGCUGCUCCUACGACUGUUGCCUGGAGCAAUCCUAUCGAAGUGCCAGUAGACUUGACGGCAGCUCUGAAAGCAAAGGAAAUUUUUCCCGCUCGUAAGCAGCGUGAGUUUAUUCCUGAUAAUAAGAAAGACGAUAGUUACUGGGAUAGACGCAGGCGCAAUAAUGAAGCAGCAAAGCGCUCAAGGGAAAAAAGAAGAUUGAAUGAUAUGGUACUAGAAACUCGUAUGCUGGAACUUACAAAGGAAAAUGCUUUGUUGAGGGCCGAACUUGUUGCCCUAAGAGACAAAUUCUCCCUACCACCACAGCCCAUCAUCAACCCUGAACAUAUGCAACUGCACAUACCAUGUCCUCCAGUAGAUGUAAGGAAUCGGAGGAGUAAGUUGCUUAGCACACUUCUACCAAAUGGAGGUGGCAUUGUUCCAGAAAGCAAUGGGAUCAAUAACACAAAUGGGAUGGUCAACCAUGGUCCUUCUAAUGGCAGUAUUCCAGAGCAUCAUGUCCAUCAUAUGAUGCCUCAUUUGCAUAUGAUAGACCCAGCGCAGUGGCAGGAGUGCCACGAAAAUGCUCUGAAGGAAUCUCAUCAGCACCAUCAGGCAAUGUUGAUGAAUCAUCAGCACCAGCAACAACAGUUGCAGCAACAGGUCAUUCAGCGCUUGGCUAUCAAUGGGAACAUUAAUCACAGUGAUUAUGAGCAACAUCACCAUAACACCAAUCAACGUAUUCAACAAGAAGCGAAUUCCCCCCAGGUAUCCCCCAAUGGGGAUGAAUCAUGUUCUUGGUCUUCAGGGGAUGAACCGAUCCAAGUCCAGAUCCAUCCACAACAUUGUUUACCACUUAAACUUCGCCACAAAACUUUGAUUGGAGACAGAGACACUUUUGUUCCUCUCCCGACUUACCCAGAUAGUGGCCGUAGUAGUGGAAGAGAAGAUACAUCCUCAGAUGGAGACAGUAGUACUGGUGGUGGAAAGGAAAGUCCAAUUCACAAAAUUGACACACAAGGUUCGUCACCCGAAUCUGAACCUCCUCGAAAGAUGGCAAGGCUAUCCAGAAGAAAUAAAGGCGCAAGUGUAGAUCUGCAGGCGGAAAAUUUCCAGUUGAGGUUCGAAUUGAAGAGACUGGCAUCUGAAGUUGCUGGCCUGAAAGACAUGUUACUUUGCAACAGGCCAUCAUCCACUGAUAUGCCGAACAGUGUAGAUACCACCACCCCACCUCAUAGUAACAGAACAUCUCCAAACAUAGUCGAAACACAAAGCCCACAGACAGUCAUAGAACGAGAAUAAAGUGAAUCCUCAGAUAGAUGAAGUGUUGCUUCUAAAGUAGCGAACUUUUAUUCAUCGCGGAUAUAUUUGACAUUUUUUUAUGUCUGUUUUUCUGCUUAGAAGUUUCUCAAAGGUGACUGAAUAAGAAAAAUUUAUAUCUUUAACCUUUAAAAAAUAUCACUGAAGAUGUAAAGAAUUUUAAAAUUGUUGACAUCCUUAGAAGUUUGAAUUAUGAAAUUUGUAAUGGGAAUUUUUAAUUCCCUUGAAGGUUUUAUUUUUUGUUUAGGGAUUUAGAAUUUGUUUCUGGAAGCCAUGUGAUACAAUUCUUUUCUUAUUCCAAGUUUGGGUUUCCUCUUGGAUGUUAAGUGAUAAACACUUGUUAAGUGAUAAACACCUCUGAAGUUUAAAGCAGAAAACUAUUUUUUUUUUUUUUGUGCCAAAAGAACAGACUUCUGAGAAAGGACUAAAAAGUGUAAAGAGUUUAAAUAUGGAAGUAGCAAAAUUGCUAAGUCAUUUUAUUUCUAUUGCCGUAUCAGUAACUUAUCUGUUCCAUCUUACACCGGUGCGUUAUUUAUAUGAACUGGUGUCUCCAAAAUGUAGUCAGUGACACUCCAUAUUGGAGCAGAACUUAUUGAAUCAUUAUUGAACAUUUUUAUCAUUAAUUUUUUUUUAAUUUAUUAUCUGGUCCACUGUAUUUAAAAUGUGUUGACAGACGAUUUUCUUUAUUUAACUGCCUGAAUAUAAUUUUCUGUAUAGAAAUGUUUCUGAUUCUUGUAGAUACUUUUUAUUAGAUUCUUUAGGGUGGAAAACAUUGUAACCACAGAUAAAAAUUGCAUAAUUAUUCUGAUUUAUUAAUUUCAUUAGCAAUUUGAAAGUGAAUAAUGACUUACGUUUAAAGGAUUAUGGCAACAUUACUAAGAAAUUUAAAUUUUUAAUUAAAGCGUUCAACUGAAAAUAUUUGAAAUAUUAUUCCAAAUAUUUUAUAAUACACAAAUUUUUUACGGGAACAAAUGUAUGUUGUGACACGUGUUAAGUCAUCAUUAUUAGUUUUUUAACGUAAUAUAUACAUUAAAUUAAUUGAAAUAUUCCAAUAGUUAUUUAUGUUCUUUGUCAUAACUGAUUUUGUGUAGUAAAUCUGAAAAUCUUGAUCUCGCAAGUAGAAAAAUAAAUUCAAACAUAAUUUUUUUAUUUAUCUUAAAUUGAGGAAAGUAUAGAAUGCAAAACAUAAUUUAAUCUCUUAAUUAUCUUUUGCCUAUUUGUUUACUAUUAUUCUAAGAUCUGAAUUGAGUUUUGAAGAAGUUUCCGAAUUAUUGAAAAUUCAAAAUGUGUAAAUAAUUCUAGUGUUAUUGUUGCUAUUGCAGUUUGAAAUACGUAAUGUUGAAACUGUAUUAAAAGAAAGAUUAUAUUUUACUUUGAAUAAGGAUUAAUUGUAAGUAGAUUUACUAUAAUAAAAUUAUUAUUGUGGUCUUUUAUAUUCACAACUAUCGAAAUAUACGAGCAGUUGUGAGUAUAUUUCAUUAAAUUUAUUUCUGCAUGCGUGUAUGAUUAGAAGUCUUAAAUUUCAUAUAUAUUGAUAACCAGAUAUUGUAAUAACUGUGAAGUGUAAUUGUGUGUAAAUUUAAAAAUUUGUUCUAUCCGUCGAAAGUGUUGUGCGUUAACUGUGCACAUGUUCAGAUUGCAGUUUCUUUAAACAGUGUGGAAAAAAGUAUAGUUUAUGAAUAGUAGUAAUUAUUACUAGGCACUUUAAAUUAACAAAUAGUUUUUGAUAUUUCUUUUUAAAGGAAUAUUUGCUCAAUAACUCAAGUGAUACUCAAUGAGCUUCAUGUUUAAAUAUGAAUUUUAAAAAAAAAUUCUCUAGUUUUUCAACUAUUUAUAGAUCCGGUUUAAAAAUAACUCAAUAAUUUAAGAAAAUUGGGUCUAUAAUCAUUUAAUUUUGGAUAAAGUAUUCCGAAUUUUUAGAUGAGAUACUUUUGAAGUAGGACAAAUUAUUUUAAUGGAAAAGAAGUAAUUUUGUUAAUCUACUGGUAAUAUGAAUAGAAAUUGUUGCCACUGCUGUAUUCAGUAAUAUAUUGUCUAAUUCACAAUUUGCAGAAGAAAUCAUAGUAGUGUUUUAAUUUUUAAUACACAUGAUCUCAAUUUUAACAUUAUCUCUUUUUUAUGCUGAAAAAUAUUGGGAAACCUUAAAAUCUUAAUUUAUUACAUUUUCCAGUUCUUAUGCCUAGUCUAGAAACAUACUAGUAGUACUUGGUGAAAACGUGUAUUGUUGAGUUAUUGUGAAACACAGUAUUUGUAUAUUAUAUGUUCAGUGACUCUUCCUGUAUACUUUUCACUAGUGAAAUGGAAUGUUCAGUUUGAUAUCCAUCUCGAUAAAAUGUUCUCUCCUUCUCAUGUACAGUGUUGUAUAAGCGAAGAAUUUUCAUUUUUUCUCCUCUUCCAUCAGUCUGUGAAGUGUUUUUUCUCCUCUUCCAUCAGUCUGUGAAGUGAUGUUAAGUAUAUAAUAAAAUAUUUUAUUAAUGUUA